UCAAAGUUGAAAGUGAGAGAGGAGAGGAGUAGAAAAGCUAAAGUUGAAAUGGGGGUUUAAAUUGAACAGUGCCCUUGCCCUCGAGAUCGGGUUUAGGGUUCCUCUCUUCUUCAGUUCCACCUUUUCCUUUUUCAAACCAUUACUCAUCUCCCACAAUUACAUACACAUGCUAAUCUAUUAGUUCACUCCUGGUUAUAUCAUCAUUCACCACAAUUCAAACGUUUUUGAAAGCAUAAAGUAGGUUGUUGCAAAUGCCGGAGGAAGAUCUUUUAGAGAUUAAGUUUCGAUUGCUUGAUGGAUCGGAUAUUGGUCCGUUUCGGUACUCUCCGGCUUCCACUGUUGCCGUGCUAAAGGAACGAAUUGUGGCUGAAUGGCCCAAAGAUAAAAAAGGGGGACCCAGAUCAGCAAAUGACAUUAAGUUGAUAAAUGCUGGGAAAAUUUUGGAAAACAGCAAAACCGUUGGGCAGUGCAGAACACCUUUUGGGGAGCUUCCGAAAGGGGUAAUUACUAUGCAUGCUGUUGUACAAAUGUCUGUAAUGAAAGCAAAAACAGAAAAGAAGAUCGAUGAGGAUCCAAAGACGAACGGCUGUACAUGUACCAUACUGUAAGAAAAUUCUAAAGUCCGCUCAGAUUGUUGGGUUGGCGGUUUGAAACUGCUAAACCAAGUGGGGAAAAUAAUGUGUUUGGCGAAGGGGAAUUAACAUCCUUGUUAAUUGUUAUUAUGUUUUAUGUAUGUAUUGUUGGGUUGAGUCUUGGUACAUUUGUAGCUUCGGCUUCAGUUCGUGCAGGCUUCUUUUCGUUCUUCAGUGUUUUACAAUUCUAUUGAUAUCUGAAAGGCAUCUUAUCACGCCUUUCUUUUUAUAGCUUUAAACAAAUGCAUCAAGUUUGGACAUGAGCAAUUGAGCACUAUGAAUUUACUGGUGAAAAACUGAAAA